AUGUUAUUCCUCUCUGGUGUUGUUGUGGCUCUCCUCGCGGGUCCGGAUCCAGCCAUUGCGGCGAUCACCUCUAGCCUACAGAGCAUAUUAGGAAACACCCACGGCAGCUCAGACUAUGGUGACUAUUGGCGAGAUGAGCCUUUCUAUACCGGUCUCUCACACGGCUGCACAUCUACCGAAGCUGAUGUCUGGCUAUACAACGGUACCCUUUAUGUUGGUCAUGACGAAUCCGCCCUAACAGCGUCGCGAACUCUUGAAUCCUUGUAUAUCAAUCCAAUUCUAGAUGUCCUGGAGCGCCAGAAUCCGGAGAGUCCCUUUAUAAAAUCGCCUACCAAAAACGGCGUGUGGGAUACUGUUCCCGACCAAACGCUUUACUUCUUCAUUGAUGUGAAGACCUCCGGCCCGGAAACUUUUGAAGCUGUGAUUGCUGCUUUAAAGCCUCUACGAGAGAAGGGUUACCUUACUACCGUCAAAGAUGGCAAGACCGUUACCAAUGGACCCGUCACUAUCAUUGGCACCGGGGAGACACCGUUCGACAUGGUUGCACCCAUCAAAGAUCGAGACUACUUCUUCGAUGCCCCUCUCGCAAAUCUCAAUGAUCCCAAAUACGCCGGUGUAAAUGGCAUUAUCUCGCCCGUUGCAUCAACAGAUUUCCAAAAGGCCGUCGGCAAGAUAACUGUCGAUACGGAUCCAAUUCUUUCAGAGUACCAACUCAAAGCUCUCCGAGAUCAAAUCGCCACUGCCAAUGAGCGCGGAAUCGGUGCUAGAUAUUGGAAUACGCCGCACUUCCCGAUUCGUACUCGAAACCUUGUGUGGAGGACUCUUUUGAGAGAGGGGGUCAUUCUGCUCAAUGCCGAUGAUCUCGAUGCCGUGGCUUCUUACUUUUGA